GGUUAUGCCUUUCUCGUAUCACACACAUAGCGGCCAGUUUUGCAAGCACGCUACAGGCACACUAGAAGAGGUUGUGCAACAGGCCAUAGAAGUGGGAUACACACAUGUGGGAUUAUCAGAGCAUAUGCCGAGAAAAGAACCAUGUGAUCUCUAUCCAGAAGAGGAAGAGCUUCAUAUGACACCAGCUGAUCUUGAUCAGCAAUUUACAGACUACGUUAGUGAAGCAAAACGUCUACAACGGUUGUAUAGUAGUCGUAUCCACAUACUGGUUGGAAUGGAGACAGAGUAUAUCCGACCAUCAUGUGUUCAAGAAAUCCUAAGACUACAAGAAGUGCAUAGUCUCGAUUAUGUUGUUGGUUCUGUACAUCAUGUCGAAGGAAUGGCAUUCGAUUUUGAUGAGGAAUGGUUUCAACGCUGUGAGGCUCGCUACUCCUCUCUCCACGCUAUGUGCAAUGUUUACUACUCUGACCAGUUUGCAUUGCUGACACAAAUACAACCUCAUGUUGUUGGACAUUUUGAUCGAAUUCAAGUCUACCAAAGUGACUACAAACCAGACAGGGCAGUCUGGGAAGCAAUACAGAAAAAUAUCAAGUAUUGUAUUGACUAUGGCGCUCUAUUUGAGAUAAAUACUCAUUACAUGGCAAGCACGGGUACAGGACAACCAUCACCAAAUACAGAUAUUCUCAAGUGCAUUGUUUGCAGUGGAGGACGACUGACAUUAUCAGACGACUGCCAUGCUCCUGCAGGAGUCGCUGCCAACUAUGAGAGUGUGUAUGAUAUCAUACGUGACCAUGGUCUUGACGACCACAUUUACUGUUUAGAAUUUGACAACACAACUAAGUCCCUAACACAGAAACCAGUACACAACUUUCUACAGCAUCCAUUCUGGCAGAAAGCAGGAAAGUCCAAAUGUUCAGUCUGA